AUGUCCACCAUGACCUCCCUGGAACGGAGUCUCUCUCGAUCCUCCCACAACUCUAUGUCCAGUCCGCGGCUCUCUACUCCGCGCGAGGCGACACCGCCCGACCUCUCUCUCACCUUUCUCCAUGAUCGGAUCAACCAGCUGGAUUCGCGGGUCUUUGAAAUACGAACUACCGUCCUGACUAAAGAUGCUUAUGCCGAGCGCCGCAACCGCGAAGACCAUCAUAUACGCCAGGAGUUCAACAACCAUUAUGCUGUUUCUCAGCGCAUUGAUUUGAAUGUUGUCGCUCUGCGUACAGAUGUCGACCUCCUUAAAGCCGACGUCAAGACCGAUUCGAACCAAAUUAAAAGGGAUGUCAACCAUCUCAAAACGGAUGUGAAUCAUUUGAAAACCGAGUCGAAUCAUAUUAAAAGGGAUGUCAAUCAUUUGAAGACUGAAUCGAACCAAAUUCAAAGCGAUGUCAACUACUUGAAGACCGAGUCGAACCAUAUCAAAACAGAUGUCAACCACCUUCAAUCCGACGUUCAGCAUCUCAAAACCUCCGUCUUUCAACUGGAGCGCAAAGUCGAUCAUCUUCAGACAGAUAUUGGCGAGAUAAAGAACCGUUUGAGGUAUGAGGGACGCAAGCACUGGAACUCCAUUUCCAAUACGGCUACCGCCAACAUCGCAAUAAUCCCGUAUAUCAGCGAGGACGGUGUCGUAGAAUGGCCCAAUUGGUUUCCAAAGACUGUGUGGCGGUUCUGGCGGCUGAAGCAGCCAAGUCGAGUUCAUCGACUCGUUGAGCUCGCUGAGUUUUAUCAACUGGGCGGUUAUGAAGAUUGGACACGAAUACAGUCCCAUCACAUGAUGUUCGAUGUCGACAAUGACAGCGAUUCUAGUGAUGGCGAGACUCGGCAUAGUCUAACUCGCGAAGAAGCUGUCCGCCAAUUCCCCGAAGCAGCUCUUCAGGCAUUAGCCGCAAGACUGGGACUCGUUUAUUCCAGUAUUCGCAACGAGAUGGGAGAGGGCCCAAAUAUGCGUAUCCAUCGUCCUUCCAAGCGUCAACAAGAGGAACUCUCUGCCACUGGCUCCAGGCGUCAAACCAAGCCGGGGAAGAUGCCACGCGUCUCCCCACCGCGCCGUCAGGACAUGGAUCCCCAUGACCCUCUAUAUCGAUUAAUAACUGAGGGGUUUCCGGAACAAUCCUCAACAAAGUCGCCUGUGUCUGAGGGUGACGAGUUAGGGUGGGAUGCCUUCCCAGAUGUCUCUGAAAGCGCGAAGAGUAAGCUGCGCGCUCUGGACCCCCAAGAUGUUCAAUCAUUGCUCCGUGCCCUGGAGAAGGGACGUCUCCAGCUCAAACCCAGUGGUUCUGAAGCCCACGGGUCUCCAACGAGUUCUAGGGCAAGCCUGAGCCAUCACAGUGUGAAAUCUGUCAAGUCCGCUCCGCAGGCACCCAAGGCAUCCCAGGCGGCAUCUUCCCACGGAGCCAGAGCAAGCCACCACGAUGUCAAGUCCGUUCCGCAGGAAUCCGCGGCGUCGCUCCCAGCAGUCCCGACGCCCGCAGUUCCGACUUCUUUUCACGAUACCAACCCUUUCACCACCACCCCCCCUAUCUACUACGCCCAAACUUCACAUCAUACUUCCUCCGACGCACUUUUCGCUGCGACCCCCAACAUCCGCUCGGCAGCUUCUCCUCCUUCCGAUAGUGCAUCGACGCCUGAAUCGGAAGAGGCCUAG